AUGUCGGAGGAGUGGGCGGGGAAGACCCUCGAACUCCACCCAGAGGAUCCGCGCUUUGAUUCCGGCCUUGAGGAGUCUCUGCAGUCUUUCCAGGAUGAAGGUCUCCCCCGAUUUCCAGGAACCUCCAAUCCGGAGUCCUCCCUCCCCCACCAGUCCAAAACUAUCGAGCAGCAGGUCGAGGCCCAGGACACCGAGCGUAUAGACUCCUCCUAUGGAUCCGCCUCCAUCAUUGAGGGCCUGCCCACUGCCGGGCACCCCGAGAGCUGCCCUGCGGGCACAGAGCCCACCCCACAGACUCUGAUUGAGGAACCGGCCGUCCUGGUGGCAGAGAGAGUUCCACAGACUGGCAGUGUGCCCCUUGACGAGGAUAUACCCUCCGCCGUCACAGAACCCGACCCACAGACUGCCGGCCUUCCACCCAGGGGGGUCACCAGGAGCCUGAGCACCGAGCACAUCAACAGCUUCACCUACCUGUCAGAAGAGGGCGACACGCUCCUCCAUCUGGCUGUCAUCCACAACAUCCCAGAGCUGUCCCUCUACUUCAUCUCACUGGCCACCAAAGACGUCCUAGACAUCCAGAAUGACCUUUACCAGUCGGCACUGCACCUCGCCGUCUACCUGGACCAGCAGGAGGUGGUGGAAGCUCUGCUUAGAAAAGACGUCAACCUGGAGCUGCAGGACCGGAAAGGAGACACGGCUCUACACCUGGCCUGUGAGAACCAGCACCUGGACUGUGCCAGAGUCCUCCUGCGGGGCCCCAGGGGGCCCCAAAACUUAAGGCUGCAGAACUGGAAAGGUCUGACCUGCUUGCACAUCGCCACCAUGAAGAAGAAUGUGCACCUCGUCUCUCUUCUGCUGGACAAUGGCUCUGAUAUCAACAGUCAGGAAGGCACCAGUGGGAAGACUGCUCUGCACCUGGCUGUGGAAAUGUUGGAUGGAGAGCUGGUGGCUCAUAUUUUACAAUACCGCCCCCAUGUGGACGCUUUAAUGUACAACGGCUGUACCGCCCUCCACCUGGCCGUCGGCAGGAAGGAUAUUGGUCUCUCCAGGCUUCUGUGCCAAGCAGGGGCAGACAUCUUACAGAGGAACAGAGAGGGGGACACCCCUCAGGACCUGGCAGAGGGGAAUAACCUGCUUCUUCCUCUUCUGCCCUUUGAUGAUCUGAAGAUCUCCGGCAAACCUGUUGUGACCACUGCGUGAGCGUUUGCAUUGAUUCUCCGGU